AUGAAGCAAGAUUUUGGUGGACGGUAUUCGUCCGGACCAGAUAUGCGCAAGAUGUACCAGAGCUGUAUGUUCAACGCGAGGACGACGUCAAAGCGGUUGUGCGUUGCUGCUGUCACUGGUCGUUCUGAAAUGACGACCAAGCGACGGCAGCACCGCACAUGUCGGACACAGGACGGGUCAGGAUGGGCCGGUCUCAUGACGUCCGGGGCAUCCAAACAUCGUGCUUUCUUACGGUGA